GUGGGACCGAGACCUCAGCACAGGGCGGCCCCGCUCCUCGGCUGCGCCGCCAUCAGCCACCGGCCCGCAGCGGAGGUGGGGCACGGGUCACCAAGAACGUGCACGGCUGAGGCAGCGCCACCGCAGCCUCCCGAGCAGUCACCAUGGCUGGCCGGCCAUCUUCAGGGAAAGAGCAGCUCUGGAUGAAGGAUGACCCGAGCGCCCUGGAGGCGUACGGAGAUGACCCCGAUGUCAGGCAAGAAGAGCCCAAGGGCUGCUGGGGAUCCUUCACCAACUGCAUUGGGGGAAUGUGGACCACACGCCAAAUGACACACACCAAUGACAGGGAGAUAGUGGUACGGACGACGCUGCGAGAGCUGGUGGUCUACAUCGUGUUCCUGAUAGUGCUGUGUAUCUUGACGUUUGGGAUGACGUCUCCCACCAUGUACUACUACACCAAGGUCCUCUCCGAACUGUUCCUGGAGGCGCCGUACCCGGACACGAGAAACAACUUCAAGGGUUCUACGCAAGUGUUGGACUUCUGGAGGUUUGUGGAGGGUCCGCUGACGGACGGCCUGUACUGGGACUCGUGGUACGACCGGGCCCGCACCAGCGUCGACGAGCGCGACAACAACAUCCUCUACGAGAACCGCAUGCUCGGGGUGCCGCGGAUGCGACAGUUACGAGUCACCGACGACUCGUGCAACGUGCAUGAAAACUUCGCCGGCGCUAUCGACAAGUGCUACAGCGUCUAUUCGGAGAACAUCGAGGACAAGAACGCCUUCGGGCCCAAGAACGGCACAGCAUGGAACUACUACACGGAGAAGGAGCUCGGCUCCCAGUCGGUGUGGGGAGUCAUCAGCACGUACUCGGGGGCCGGCGCCUACGUGGACCUAUCCACCAGCCGCGCCAAGACGGUGGAAAUUAUCGCGAGCCUGCGGCGCAAUCUCUGGAUCGGCCGCGGCACGCGCGCCAUCUUCAUCGACUUCACCGUCUACAACGCCAACAUCAACCUCUUCUGCGUCGUCAGGCUGGUGUUCGAGUUUCCGGCUACAGGCGGCAUGAUCCCGUCCUACUCCUUCCGCACGGUCAAGCUGCUGCGCUACGUGACGCCAUUCGACUACUUCGUCAUGGCCUGCGAGUGGAUCUUCGCCAUUUUCGUCAUCUACUACAUCGUGGAGGAGGUGCUGGAGGUGCGGAAAAUGAAGUGCUCCUACUUCAAGUCCGUCUGGAACAUCCUCGACAUCCUGGUGAUAGGGAUAGCGACGCUCUGCAUCGCGUUCUCCGUCUACCGCACCAACUCUGUCGACGACAAGAUCGAGUCGCUGCUCAAAGACGAUAUCCAGUACGCCAAUUUCGAGCUGCUCGGCUUCUACCAGACCCAGUUCAACGCGGCAGUAGCCAUGUGUGUGUUUUUCGCCUGGAUCAAGCUCUUCAAGUACAUCAGCUUCAACAAGACCAUGACACAGCUCAGCAGCACCCUCUCCCGCUGUGCAAAGGACGUCAUGGGCUUCGCCAUCAUGUUCUUCAUCGUCUUCUUCGCCUUUGCUCAGCUCGGCUACCUCCUCUUCGGCACCCAGGUUCGCGACUUCAGCAGCUUCGGCAACGCCACCUUCACCCUGCUGCGGACCAUCCUCGGCGACUUCAACUUCCACGAGAUCGAGGCCGCCAACCGAGUGCUCGGGCCCAUCUUCUUCCUCGCCUACGUGUUCUUCGUCUUCUUCGUGCUGAUGAACAUGUUCCUGGCCAUCAUCAACGACACGUACAGCGAGGUCAAGAACGAGAUUUCGGCCCAGAAGAACGAGUUUGAGAUCGCUGACUACUUCAAGCGCGGCUACAACAACAUGAUGGGCAAGCUGGGCAAGCGUGACAAGCUGAUUGACAUCCAGAACGCGCUGAAACUGGCUGACACGAACAGCGACGGCAUCUACUCCUUCGACGAGAUCCGCAAGAACCUCAAGAAGUGCAACUUCUCUGACCUGGAGAUCGAGAUGUUCUUCGCGCGAUACGACCUGAACGGCGACCGGACCCUGGGGGAUGACGAGGCGCGUCUCAUGAUGGCUGACCUGGAGGACCAGAAGCUCGAGCUCGACCGUGAGAUCGGGAGGCCGACGUCCGGCCGUCGCUCCCGGCCCGGCUCCGCGUACGGAGGGGGAGGCGGCGUCAACCCCGAGGAGUUCAACUCGCUGACCCGCCGCGUGGACCGCAUGGAGCACAGCAUCGGCUCCAUCGUCUCCAAAAUCGACGCCGUGCUCAUCAAGCUGGAGGGCAUGGAGAAGUCGAAGCAGAAGAAGAAGGAGACGAUGGGCAAGAUGCUGGACCAGAUCUCGGACGACCCAAGCGCGGACGACAAGUCCAAGCGGCACCAGAUGGAAAAGCUGGUGCGGGAGGAACUGGAUCGCUGGGACUCUGAUCCCAACAUGAAGGGCAGUAAGUAGAGAGGCCGGGUGGUGAGCUCGCUCGCCGGGUCGCGCUAGAGGGAGAGAGGACGUCCCCGCAGGCGCCGACCGGCGCAGCGUCCCGCCGCGAGGCGGCGCCAGCAUCGCCCGACCCCGCCGCCGGUCCGACCGGCCCCGGCAGACGCGACCCACGCCCUCCACAGCAACCCAGUCAAGUGCAGCGUGUCUGUCGGGCCGGCGCCGUCCGCCUCGGCGGCUCAGAGAUCAGCAGAUGGCUGUUGCUCGCCGCCGAGCCGGCCGCACCGCGGCGGCGGCGGCCACGCGCAUGCGC